UCCCUCCUCCCGCCCGCCCGCCCUCCCUCUAAGACAUCCCCGCACGGCCGGGCCGCCGCAGCCACCUUCCCUGCCCGAGCUGCAGAUGUGGCGGAGCGGCCGGGCGCCGGGCGGCCGUGCCAGGGGAGCCUGCGCCCCGUGAGCCUCGCGCCCCGGCCCCCGCCCGCCCCGGCCCCUCCCCUGCUCGGCUCCUCGCGCCCCUCGACCGCCGGAGCCCGCAGCCCGGAGCCCAACCGCCCCCGCCGCCGAGGCUCCUGCGUGAAGACCAGCUGGGAGCCCACUGCCUGUUGCCACCUCCAACUCCAGCCCCCUCACCAUGCACUCCCUGGACGAGCCGCUCGACCUGAAGCUGAGUAUCACCAAGCUCCGGGCGGCGAGAGAGAAGCGGGAGAGGACUCUGGGUGUGGUCCGGCCCCGUGCUCUGCACAGGGAGCUGGGCCUGGUGGACGACAGCCCCACACCUGGUUCUCCGGGGUCCCCGCCCUCAGGCUUCCUGCUGAACUCCAAGUUCCCUGAGAAGGUGGAGGGACGCUUUUCAGCAGCCCCUCUCGUGGACCUCAGCUUGUCACCACCAUCUGGGCUGGACUCCCCCAAUGGCAGCAGCUCGCUGUCCCCUGAGCGUCAGGGCAACGGGGACCUGCCUCCAGUGCCCAGUGCCUCGGACUUCCAGCCACUGCGCUAUUUGGAUGGUGUCCCCAGCUCCUUCCAGUUCUUCCUGCCCCUGGGCUCUGGGGGGCCCCUGCACCUGCCUGCCUCCUCCUUCCUUACCCCUCCCAAGGACAAGUGCCUCUCGCCAGACCUGCCCCUGCCCAAGCAGCUGGUGUGUCGCUGGGCCAAGUGUAACCAGCUCUUUGAGCUCCUGCAAGACCUGGUGGACCAUGUCAACGACUACCAUGUCAAGCCCGAGAAGGACGCGGGGUACUGCUGCCACUGGGAGGGCUGUGCCCGCCAUGGCCGAGGCUUCAACGCCAGGUACAAGAUGCUCAUCCACAUCCGCACACACACCAACGAGAAACCGCACCGCUGCCCGACCUGUAGCAAGAGCUUCUCCCGCCUGGAGAACCUGAAGAUCCACAACCGGUCGCACACAGGUGAGAAGCCCUACGUCUGCCCCUACGAGGGCUGCAACAAGCGCUAUUCCAACUCCAGUGACCGCUUUAAGCACACACGCACCCACUACGUGGACAAGCCCUACUACUGCAAGAUGCCCGGCUGCCACAAGCGCUACACGGACCCCAGCUCACUGCGCAAGCACAUCAAGGCCCACGGCCACUUCGUGUCCCACGAGCAGCAAGAGCUCCUGCAGCUGCGCCCACCCCCCAAGCCACCACUGCCCGCCCCCGACGGCGGCCCCUAUGUCAGUGGGGCCCAGAUCAUCAUCCCCAACCCAGCUGCCCUCUUUGGAGGCCCUGGUCUUCCCGGCCUGCCCCUACCCCUGGCCCCCGGCCCCCUCGACCUCAGUGCCCUGGCCUGUGGCAACGCUGGGGGCAGUGGGGGUGGGGGGGGCAUGGGCCCUGGGCUGCCAGGCCCCGUCCUGCCUCUCAAUCUGGCCAAGAACCCGCUGCUGCCCUCGCCCUUUGGGGCUGGCGGACUGGGCUUGCCUGUGGUCUCCCUCCUCGCUGGCGCCGCUGGUGGCAAGGCCGAGGGGGAGAAGGGGCGUGGGUCGGUGCCCACCAGGGCCCUGGGCAUGGAGGGCCGCAAGACGCCCCUCGAAAGGACGGAGAGCAGCUGCUCCCGGCCAAGCCCCGAUGGACUCCCCCUGCUGCCAGGCACUGUGCUGGACCUGUCCACGGGCGUCAACUCGGCCGCCAGCAGCCCAGAGGCGCUGGCCCCUGGCUGGGUGGUCAUCCCGCCGGGCUCGGUGCUGCUCAAACCGGCUGUGGUGAACUGAGCCCACCCUGCAGACAGCUGUGGUGGCCCCGCCGGCAGCUCCGGCACUGCCCCCGACGAACGGAAACUCUUCUGUGAAAUAGCAAUAAUGUCCUACUGCCCGGACAGCCCCAGCCCAGCCCACCGGGGAGCAAGGAUGGUGCUAGGUCAUUUAUGGCUGGCCUCCCAGCCCCCAGGUGGGGACCUGGCCUGUCAUGCAGGGAGAGCUGUGCUCCUGGGUGCUGAAGCCUCGCUCCUCUCUGUUCCCCACCACCCGGCCCUCAGCUUCUACGGGGCUUUCCCCUGCCCAACCUCCUCCUCUUUCCCUCUCCCACCCUGGCACCUCCCUCACCUAGUAACCACCCAGGGCAAGUCGCCCUCUCCCAGCAAAGGGGGCGGGUGGGGUGGUAUCUGCCCUCCCUGCUGGCACCAGGCUCUCCCUUCCUGAGGGGAGCCCCCAGGGAGGCCUGCCCUUCCCUCCUAGGCUCACCCAGCCCCUGCCUUGGGGGCUCCUUAGACCCCUUUCCCUCUGACCCUGCCUCCAGAGGGAAAGCAAGACAGAUGCAGGCCCCUGCAAAGCCCCAGGCAGAAGCACGCCCACCAGGACAAGGCGCCUCCCACUAGUUAGAAGGGAGACCCGCUCUGUAGCUGCCCUCCUCACCCUAGGCCAGGCCCACAGCACCAGACGGGAUAGCUGGUCACUCCACCCCUGCACCCCGGGGCCUCUUCCUCUACCUUUUGGGGCACCCUGGGAGCGUGGGAAGCAGGUCUGAGGGCCCCUGAGCUGUCAAGGGGAGGUGCCAGGCCAGCUGUGGUGCCAGGACACUGAAUGGCUCAGGGAGCAUGUGGGGCCAGGCCCAGCACCCGGUCUUCCUCCUUCCACCCCCGCUGGGCCUGGCCUGGGCAGCGCCCCCUACAGAGGCCUUCGGGUCCUUGGUUCUGUACCAGGAAGGAGAGGCUAGCUGGGGACGACUGACCACAGGCUGGGACACAGCUCCUGGUCUGGGGACUCCAAGUGACAGCAUGCAGGGGAGGGGGCUCCCAGUCAGCACUGUGUCGGGAGCUUUCUGGAGGCUGUGGACUGAAGGCCUGAGGGAAGCAGUGGCUGGAGGAGGGCACCAACCCGUAACACAUUGCUUCCUCUGGCUUUUCCCUGCUGGGCUGCUUUCUCAGAGGCACUUCCCCACCCCUAACACCCAGCGGGGCCCCCCCUCUUCCGGUUCUGUGCCACUCAGAGGGACCCUGACGGAGGCCAGAACCACUUAAGGGUGUUGGAGGGCCUUGCGCCCCCCCAUCUGGGGCCUUUCCCCGCUCCCUCUCCCGCCUGGCAGCUGGGAGUUCUCGUUUCUAGGCCUGCCCUAUCACCAGGCCUCAGAGUGGCCAGGCCCUUCCAUCUCCCCAUCUGUAGAACGAGGCAACUGCCCGGACAGCCUUGGGGUCCUUAGUGACCCUGCAGUUCCUCUGGCAGCUCUGCUGACCCCACCCUCUCCUGGACUGCCCUUCUGUCCCAGAGGGGUCACCCUGACUCGGCCCACCUUGCCACUGGGCUUCGGACUCCAGCCCUGACAGGGCCCAGCCACACUGGCUCUGCCCCUCGAAGGGGCUAUGGGCAAGGUAGGAGGGAGCUGGUCUCCUUUCGUUGGGCCCCACCCAGGCCCUGAGCACCCCCACCCCUGUGAGGGCCCCAGGCCUUAAGUCCCUGGUGGGGUCAUGGGUUUUCGACUUGAGCAGAGCGGAGGAACAGGGCACUGGAAGGCUGACAAGCUCAGCAUGCGACUCCGUGACGGACCAGGCUCCGCAGGGCUGGUGUACUUUUUGUGGUUGUCAUUGGUUUGUUGUUGCACAUUCCAGGAUGUCAGUAUUUUAACAGGUUCUAAGUGCCUUUCUAUUGUAGCUUAUGUUUUUCCUCCUCUUGGCUCCAUUGCUGUUAGCAUAGAGUUUUAAAAAAAGAGAUAAGCUAAUGACUAUAACAAUAUAUUCCUCCAUGGGAGAGGAGGUUUAUAAAGAAACAAUAAAAGUGAGUUGCAAAGA